AGUGAAAAAAAAGUCAGGUGGAGUCGUGGAGAUUGCAGUGGAGACGAAGGAAAAUGAUAGUGUAAAGUGGUUAUUGUCGUUGCAGUUGCUCUCCUCACUUUUGCACCAAAUAUUGUCUAUUUCCAUAACUACCCUUUUCUCUCUCUAGAAAACCCCACCCCCCCUCUCUCUCUCUUGAAGUUCCAGCACAACUCAUACCACAGAGCGCAUACAUUUGUCUGCAAAACCCACCACUCUGCUCUUCUCCUUCACUCUCCAUCCAUUUUUUUUUUCUGGGUUUCUAAAAUUUUCUCACCGAUUUUUUUUCUCGGGUUUUGCUGAAGAUUCAAGGGAUUGAAGACAUAUAUAUACCCAAUAAUACCCAUAUAUAUACAAAGCUUUUUUUUUUUGUUUGGAAGUUUGCUGAUUUCGCAGACAAUCGGACAUUGCUUGAGAUCGGUGUUCUUUCUUUCUCUCUCCGUGUCGGCUUGUCCUGUCUCCGUGUCUCUGUGUCUGAGUUUGUCUCGCCAUGGAAGCUGCUGCGGCUAUGGCGGCGGAGGAUUGUUGUGUAAAAGUAGCUGUCCAUAUCAGACCGCUCAUCGGCGACGAGAAGGUCCAAGGCUGUAAAGAUUGUGUCUCUGUCGUGCCGGGAAAACCGCAGGUGCAACUUGGAUCACAUUCCUUUACAUUCGAUCAUGUCUAUGGGAGCAAUGGCUCUGCCUCUGCAGCCAUGUAUGAAGAAUGUGUCGCAUCGCUCGUUGAUGGUUUGUUCCAGGGGUACAACGCCACUGUUCUUGCUUAUGGACAGACGGGUUCGGGUAAAACGUAUACGAUGGGUACCGGCUCUAAAGACGGCAGCCAAAUGGGGAUAAUCCCUCAAGUUAUGAAUGCUCUGUUCAGCAAGAUGGAGAAUCUGAAACGUCAGACCGAGUUCCAGAUUCAUGUUUCUUUUAUUGAGAUUCAUAAGGAAGAUGUCCGAGAUUUGCUGGAUCCUUGCGCCGUUAACAAAUCAGAUGCGGCCAAUGGACACGUAGGUAAAGUAGCAACCGUUCCUGGCAAGCCGCCGAUACAGAUCCGGGAGUCGUCAAACGGUGUUAUUACAUUAGCAGGAUCUACAGAAGUGAGUGUCAGUACGCUGAAAGAGAUGGCCGCUUGUCUGGAACAAGGGUCGGCCUGUAGAGCUACCGGUAGCACAAAUAUGAACAAUCAGUCCAGUCGGUCCCAUGCCAUUUUCACCAUCACCGUAGAGCAGAUGCGAAAACUCAAUCCAGAUUCCCCGGAAAAGGGGUCUUGCAACGAGGGCAUGAACGAAGAAUAUCUCUGUGCGAAGUUGCAUCUAGUAGACCUUGCUGGUUCUGAACGAGCCAAGAGAACUGGUUCCGAUGGUUUGCGGUUUAAGGAAGGUGUCCACAUAAACAAAGGCCUCCUCGCCCUCGGUAACGUUAUCAGUGCACUUGGUGACGAGAAAAAACGUAAGGAAGGUGUCCAUGUUCCAUAUAGAGACAGCAAACUUACCCGGCUUUUGCAGGAUUCGCUCGGGGGAAACAGCAGAACUGUCAUGAUAGCAUGCAUAAGUCCUGCAGAUAUAAAUGCCGAGGAAACACUCAACACUCUGAAAUACGCAAACCGUGCUCGAAACAUUCGGAACAAGCCUGUUGUUAACAGAGACCCGGUGUCCAGUGAAAUGCUGAAAAUGCGGCAGCAGCUUGAGUUUUUACAGGCGGAGCUCUCUUUGCGAAAUGGAGGAUCCUCUUGUGGCGAAGUACAGGUUCUCAAAGAAAGGAUUGCUUGGCUUGAAGCUGCAAACGAGGACCUUUCCCGCGAACUUCAUGAAUACCGAAGCAGAUGCCCUUCUGCAGACCAUUCCGAGAAAGACAUGCAAGCUGAUGGACUUGUUGCCCUUGUAAAACCCGACGGGCUGAAAAGGAGCUUGCAUAGUAUAGAAUCCCCAGAUUAUCCCAUGGGUGAAGCCACAAUAGGUGAUUCGAGGGAAAUAGACGAAGUGGCAAAGGAGUGGGAGCACAAGCUCUUGCAGAACAGUAUGGACAAGGAGUUGCAUGAGUUGAACCGUCGUUUAGAGGAGAAAGAGUCGGAGAUGAAACUCUUUGGAGGGUAUGAUCCGGUGGCACUCAAGCAACAUUUCGGAAAGAAGAUUGCAGAGUUGGAGGAUGAAAAAAGAUCUGUUCAGGAAGAAAGAGAUCGUUUGCUGGCAGAAAUCGAGAAUCUUGCUGCGAAUUCCGAUGGUCAAGCUCAGAAGUUGCAAGACGUGCAUUCCCAGAAGUUAAAAGCCCUCGAAGCACAGAUCUUGGAUCUCAAGAAAAAGCAGGAGAACCAGGUUCAGCUACUGAAGCAGAAACAGAAGAGCGAUGAAGCGGCUCGGAGGUUACAGGAAGAAAUCCAAUCCAUCAAGGCACAAAAGGUUCAGCUUCAGCACAGAAUGAAACAAGAGGCGGAACAGUUUCGGCAGUGGAAAGCUUCUCGGGAGAAGGAACUUUUGCAGUUACGAAAAGAAGGGAGAAAGAACGAGUACGAAAGGCACAAGCUUCAGGCUUUAAAUCAGCGCCAGAAACUGGUUCUUCAGAGGAAGACAGAAGAGGCUGCAAUGGCUACCAAGAGAUUGAAAGAACUGUUGGAAGCUCGGAAAUCUUCUGCACGCGAGAAUUUAGCCGGUGCAAAUGGCUAUGGAACAAAUGGUCAGUCCUUGCAGCGUUGGCUUGACCACGAGUUGGAAGUCAUGGUGAACGUGCACGAAGUUCGUUACGAAUACGAAAAGCAAAGCCAAGUACGAGCAGCUCUGGCUGAAGAGCUGGCCGUGUUACGCCAAGUGGACGAGUUUGCAGUGAAAGGAAUAAGCCCUCCUAGAGGAAAGAACGGAUUCGCCCGGGCAUCGUCUUUGUCGCCUAAUGCAAGGAUGGCGAGAAUAUCAUCGCUCGAAAACAUGCUCUGUAUAUCGUCUAACUCGCUAGUUGCGAUGGCUUCACAGCUUUCGGAGGCGGAAGAACGGGAACGCGCUUUUAUAAACCGCGGCCGCUGGACCCAUUUACGAUCGAUGGGAGAGGCAAAGAAUUUGCUUCAGUAUAUGUUCAACUCUCUUGCAGAAGCAAGAUGCCAAUCUUGGGAGAAAGAUUUGGAAAUCAAGGAGAUGAAGGAUCAGUUCAAAGAAAUCGUCGGCCUUUUGAGGCAGAGUGAACUACGGAGGAAAGAAGCCGAGAAAGAACUGAGGUUACGAGAGCAAGCUGUUGCAACUUCAUUAGCUUCGUCUCCGUUGGGAACGCCACCGAGUUCAGUGAAGCAUUUACCCGACGAGAUGAGCGGACCGCCUUCUCCAAUGUCGGUGCCAGCACAGAAACAGCUGAAAUUUACCCCGGGAAUCGCUAACGGGAAAGUGAGGGAGUCGGCCUCGUUCUUACAUCCGAACAAGAAGAUGGUACCGGCGGGGCAAGUGUCCAUGAGGAAACUAGCGGCGGUCGGGCAACAGAGCGGGAGGCUAUGGAGGUGGAAGAGAAGCCAUCACCAGUGGAUUGUUCAGUUUAAGUGGAAGUGGCAGAAGCCAUGGAGACUGUCUGAAUGGAUCAAACACAGCGACGAGACACUCCUCAAGGCGAAGCCUCGUCCCAAGGCUCUGCCUAACAAGAUUCAGUAAUCAAACCUCCUUUCACGAGGCCGAGAUUUUCGUUAACGUUCAGUCUUUUCUGCCGAAGAAUUUCGGACAUAUAUGGAUAAGAUCAUACAAGUGUGCAGGGACUGGACUGGAAUUAGGGUUUGUGAAGUAGGAAGCCUUUUUUUUUUCUGGGUGUGUUUACAGAGUUUGGAAGAACCGCCAUGACCAGUGUUGGAAGCUGGAGAUGGUUCAGCCAUGGCUAACAGGAAAGACAGAUGGGAUAGGAGUCAGUUCUGAUCUGUUCUGUUAUGUUAAUAUGUUUUUUGACAUUGAAAAAAGAAAACAUCAUAAAGAAGCUCUCUCACAUCCACGUCUGCAGAUAUUUGCCUAUCAUAAGUUCAUUUGUUCGUUUAUUUUCUUGUAACCAGUAGUGUUCUUUUAAUGUGUGUAAGUCUCUUACCAUAUUACAAACAUUAAGAUUUGUAAGAUCCUGAUCUUUAUACCAUAAAAUGAGUUUUCAAAACUCUCA